AUGGACCACCACCCAAAUUCGCCCAUCAGGCCCAAGCACAUCCCGUCGCACUUGAUCAACGGAUCGUCUCCUCUUGUAAAUCACGAGAAGGCUCAAGAGAACCGGGACGCGCGCGAAAGAGAGAACGCCUUCAAGUCCAUCCAGUCCUCAAUGGGUCCCAAGAAAGAACCUGUUGAUCUCGAGGGCAACUACUUCCAACCACAUGCCAGCGCACAACCACGCGACAAGCGUCCUGCAAAGCUCGCCAAUCUCGAAGAGGCCGAGGCCAGAGAUCCGCGUGACGACUGGGCCUCCCAACAGACUAGCAGAGCUAGCAGUCCUUACACUCUCGCUCCUACCAUUGACUUUGACGGUCUGAGCUGGCCCAGUAUGCUCUAUCUGAUCUUGGCCAGACUCGAAUCUACCCCCGAACAAGCCGCCGCACGUCUAGAGAAGCUCUCUGGAGCAGUCCGUACGCUACUCGAAUGUAUUGGAGAGGAUCCAGAAAGAGAGGGCCUUCAUGGUACACCCGAGCGUUAUGCAAAAGCUAUGAUGUACUUUACCAAGGGCUACGAGGAGAACCUGAGAGACAUUGUUAACGGCGCCGUCUUCCAUGAGGAUCAUGAUGAGCUCGUCAUCGUAAAGGACAUUGAAGUUUUCAGUCUCUGCGAGCACCACCUAAUGCACAUCGGCUACAUUCCCAAUGGUCGUGUUAUCGGCCUCUCCAAGCUGGCUCGUAUUGCUGAGAUGUUCUCUCGCAGACUACAAGUCCAGGAGCGUCUGACCAAACAAGUCGCCCUCGCCUUGUCCGAAGUGCUCCAACCUCAGGGUGUUGCAGUCGUCAUGGAAUCCAGCCAUCUGUGCAUGGUUAUGCGUGGUGUCCAAAAGACGACUGCCUCAACCACUACCAGCUGUAUGCUCGGUAGAAUGAGAUCGACCGCCAAAACGAGAGAAGAAUUCUUGAACUUGAUCAACAGGAGGUAG